UUUAAUCAGAAUUCAAUGACAAGAGAUGCAAAAGACUCCGUAUAUAUAAAUUGAGAACACAUGAAGGGUGAACUAAGUUGGAAAAGUGGAAACUCAUGGAGCCAAUUGGAAACUCUUGUGAGUCUUCUUUUUGCAAAGAUGAAAAAACUGAAGCUGUGGAUCUUCUUGAAGAGUGCUGGUUCUUUGAUAACUUGUUAAAGAUAAGACCAAGGAUGACAAGGUGUCACUCUGAUCCUUGCCCUUCCACUGGCCUAAUCAGCCCUCCAGAUUUUUUGGUGAAGGACUCUGAAGUGUCCUCCUUCUCAUCAAGAAGUAAAACACCAAACAAUGGUGAUUUUGUUCAUCCCAAGAAGAUCCAGAGAGCACCAUCCAUGCCACCAUUAAGAUUGAGAGGAGAAGAUGACCAAAACGGAAGCAACUCUACUAGAAGCAAAUUGGUUCACCAACCAACAGAUCCUGCUAGUAAACUUCAUUGUGCACAGAUGAAAGCGCAUCAUAACAGUGAUUGUAAUAGAAGGAAAAGCAAACUACUAAGAACACCAUCUUUGCCUCCAUCAAUAGGGAGAGAGGAAAAGUUCCAAGUAAAUGAUUCUAGAACUGGCAGAUACCACAAGCAACCAUCAACACCUACACAUGUUGACAUUCUGCCACCAAGGCAAACCUCCAAGAGUUGUAGCAUUCCAAGAUGUAGAUCAACUAGAAAGACUGAGGUUGAAAGCUUCAACAAAGAGGGUAUUAUGGAGAUGAGGCGCAGGUACCUGAAUCAGAAAACAAUGAGGAGGAGCGUAAGUGAUCUUGAAUUUGAAGAAGUUCAGGGGUUCAAGGACUUGGGUUUCUCAUUUGAGAAAGAAACAUUAAGUCCAAGUUUAGCUAGCAUACUACCUGGUUUGCAAGAGAAAAGAAGAGACGAGACAGAAGAAGAUAAGGCACACAGGAGACCAUACUUAUCCGAAGCAUGGUUGGUGCAAAGUUGUGCUCCUCCUAUUCCAAAUUGGGCUUCUCAUAAGUCCGCAGGUGACAUGAAAGAGCAAAUCAAAUUUUGGGCUAGAGCAGUGGCUUCAAACGUGCACCAGGAAUGCUGAAAAAAGCCAUUGAUUACAUUUAAGGAUCAUAAUCACACUUUACUCAUCAAUUCUUUGUAACAAUUGCCUAAGAAGAGCCAAAUAAUAAUGAAAAUGAUAGAAAUUCUUGGUA